AGGUCGCGGGUUCGAUACCCGUACUGGCCAUGACCCUAGUUUUUUGUGACUGUUUGAAGAGGCUGUGUUUGUAUUUACUCGUCUCUCUAGAUAAAGUUGGACUUCUUCUAUUCUACUCUAUUGGUCCCAUAUGAUAUGGGUCUAUUAUAGUGGUUGACUUUGAACUGGCCCAACUAUGGUCAUGCUUAUGGGAAGCCACUAUGUGGUACUAUUGCUCCUACUCUAGAGGCCUGAUACAAAGGACACCAGCUGAGUUAUAGUGCAGUUACGACUGUAAUAAACUCAAUAGAAGUCUGCGCAACGCAGUGUUUGUUAGCCGUCAGUCAGUCGAGCCGAUAUGGCGACCAGGAAGAAUCUGCGUUUUAAAGCCGCUUCUCCUUUCUGAAACUUUCAAAUGCUUCAAAUCAGCGCAGUUGGAUCGUAAAGGAAUGCACCUCGGUCAACACAGUGUUGGAAAAUAUACACGUGGACAAAUCUCUCCCAAUCGGAAGGAAAAAGGGUGUGUGAGGGUAGUAGAGAGGCUGAUUCUGCUGACUGAGGCACCAUGGUGGAGCCAGGGGACAGGGAGGUGGCUGGCCAGAGGCUGGGGAUCCCAGAGAGUUUAGGGGUGUCUACCCUGGAACCAGGUCAGCGACCCCCAACCACGCCCCCAGGACGACAGGUCUCUAUCCGGGUACAGCUGCUGGACGACGUCACCGAGGUCUUCGACAUAUCACAACGAGCCCCAGCCAAGGCUCUGUUUGACCUGGUGUGUGUCCAUCUGAACCUGGCUGAAAGAGACUACUUCGGGCUCCAGUACCAGAACCCCAGUAGGAUGAUGGUCUGGUUGGACCUGCUGAAGCCCACCCUGAAACAGAUCAGACGCCCUAAGAACACCAUCCUUCGUUUUGUGGUGAAGUUCUUCCCUCCUGACCACACACAGCUGCUGGAGGAGCUGACACGGUACCUGUUUGCUCUCCAGAUAAAGCAUGAUCUGGCGUGUGGACGUCUGACCUGCAACGACACCAGUGCUGCUCUGCUGGUCUCUCAUAUCGUCCAGUCCGAGAUCGGGGACUUUGACGAGGUCCAGAGUUUUCAGCACCUUCUUCACAACAAGUACAUGCCUAACCAGGACGCUCUGAUGGACAAGAUCACAGAGUACCACCACAAGCACGUAGGACAGACACCAGCGGAGUCAGACUAUCAGCUAUUGGAGAUCGCCCGGCGGUUGGAGAUGUAUGGAGUCAGGCUCCACCCUGCUAAGGACCGAGAGGGGACCAAGCUCAGUCUGGCUGUGUCUCAUAUUGGACUGCUGGUGUUUCAGGGACACACUAAGAUCAAUGCUUUUAACUGGUCUAAAGUCCGCAAGCUCAGCUUCAAGAGGAAACGUUUUCUCAUCAAACUCAGACCAGACCUCAAUCAGAGUGCCUACCAGGACACUCUGGAGUUUGUGAUGGCCAGCAGAGACUGCUGUAAGAUCUUCUGGAAAAUAUGUGUGGAGUACCACGCCUUCUUCAGACUGUUUGAGGAACCCAAGCCCAAAGCCAAAGCUGUUCUCUUCACCAGAGGGUCCUCCUUCAGGUUUAGCGGUCGGACACAGAAGCAGGUCUUCGAUUACGUCAAGGACUCAGAGUUCCAAAAGGUCCCUUUUGAAAGGAAACACAGUCAGAAGGUGUCCGGCAGCAGCCUGACACCCCAGGACAGAAAGACAUCCACAGUGCCACACGAGAGUGUCUCCGUGGACCAGACAGACUCUCCUCUCAGGUUGACCGGCCAUCAGAACGGCCACCAGACUGGACCAGGGGAACAGGAGGCCCAGGCCCUACCCUCCACCACGGGACACCCAGAGCAGCAGAUCUCAGGUCCAGUCCGGCAGGCAGCUGAAGGCAGUAGCUCUUCUAUCUCCUACAUCCACUGUUCUGGUGUGAUCUCAGGCAGCUCUCUAGUGGUGGUGAACGGGCAGAAAGCCUUUCCCUUCGGCCCGGGUCAGAGCCCCAACGGGCACCAGCCCUCGCCCAUCAACGCCCAUUCCUCUCCCCUCUCAUCCCCCCUGUUCACCGACGCUGGCUACGUCCGCACGGAUGAUGAAGACGAGGUUCGGAGGAAGAAGUGUCCGACUGACAAGGCCUACUUCAUCGCCAAGGAGCUUCUCACCACAGAGAGAACCUUUCAGAAGGACCUGGCAGUUAUAACCGUGUGGUUCCAGGCUGUGCUGGGUAAAGAGGACGUCCUGCCAGACUCAGUGAGGACCCUGAUCAACACCAACUAUGAUCCAGUCUAUCAGUUACACCAGGCCUUCCUCAAGGAGGUGGAGCAGAGGCUGCAGCAGUGGGAGGGGCGGUCCAACGCACACAUUAAAGGAGACUACCAGCGUGUCGGUGACGUCAUGCUGAAGAACAUUCAGGGGUUAAAGCAGUUGACGUCCCUCCUGCAGCGUCACGGUGAGGUGUUGGUUGAGUUGGAGCGUUCAUGCCGUGCCUCCCAGCGGCUGCAGGAGGUGUGUCGAGAGUUUGAACAGCAGAAGGUGUGUUACCUGUCCCUGAACAUGUUCCUGCUACGCCCCCUGCAUCGUCUGCUGCACUACAAACUGAUUCUGGAGAGACUCUGCAAACACUACCCCCCCACACACCAAGACUUCAGAGACAGCAGAGCUGCCCUAGCUGAUAUAUCAGAGAUGGUGCUGCAGCUUCAGGGAACCAUGAUGAAGAUGGAGAACAUCCAGAAGCUUCUAGAACUGAAGAAAGAUUUGACAGGCAUCCAGGACCUGGCUAUACCUGGCAGGGAGUUUAUCAGACUGGGCUGUCUCAGUAAGCUCUCAGGGAAAGGACUACAGCAAAGAAUGUUCUUCCUGUUCAGUGAUUCCCUGGUGUACACCAGCAGAGGUAUGACAGCAGACAACCAGUUCAAAGUUCACGGCCAGCUGCCUCUCUACGGCAUGACAAUCAGGGAGAGUGAGGAUGAGUGGGGAGUUCCUCAUGCUUUCACUCUGUUUGGUCAGCGCCAGUCUGUCGUCGUGGCAGCAAGCUGUGUAUCAGAGAUGGUGAAAUGGAUGGAGGACAUCAGGAUGGCUGUAGUCCUGGUAGAACAGAGUAACAGACCUUCUACUGAUCUACUGUCCACCAGUCGAUCAGACCGCAAGUCUCCAGAAGAGGGCAGUGUGGAGGCUGAGUCAGAGGAGGAGCUGAGUGGGUCUCGUAGCUCAUUGGAGCGUCAGUCAGCACAGAGAGGAAACACGACGGUUCAUGUCUGCUGGCACCGCAACACCUCUGUGUCCAUGGUGGACUUUAGUGUGGCUGUGGAGAACCAGUUAUCAGGUAACCUGCUGAGGAAGUUUAAGAACAGUAAUGGAUGGCAGAAACUCUGGGUGGUCUUCACCAACUUCAGCCUGUUCUUCUACAAAUCACAUCAGGAUGACUACCCUCUGGCCAGCCUCCCGUUGCUUGGCUACUCGUUGACGGUUCCCGCGGAGACAGAGAACAUCCAGAAGGACUACGUUUUCAAGCUCCACUUCAAGUCUCAUAUGUACUACUUCAGAUCAGAGAGCCAGUACACCUUCCAGAGGUGGAUGGAGGUGAUCCGUAGUGCUACCUGUUAAGCUAGUCGACCCCUCCUGAGCCAGAGGAAGGAUCCUUACUGACCACGGAACCAGUGAGGACUAGGAGGACACUGACCAACGCUCUUCUAGACGGCUCCUUCCUGUCCUUUAGGCCUCUUCUAGACGGCUCCUUCCUGUCCUUUAGGCCUCUUCUAGACGGCUCCUUCCUGUCCUUUAGGCCUCUUCUAGACGGCUCCUUCCUGUCCUUUAGGCCUCUUCUCGACGGCUCCUUCCUGUCCUUUAGGCCUCUUCUCGACGGCUCCUUCCUGUCCUUUAGGCCUCUUCUAGACGGCUCCUUCCUGUCCUUUAGGCCUCUUCUAGACGGCUCCUUUCUGUCCUUUCGGCCUCUUCGAGACGGCUCCUUCCUGUCCUUUCGGCCUCUUCUCGACGGCUCCUUCCUGUCCUUUAGGCCUCUUCUCGAUGGCUCCUUCCUGUCCUUCAGGUCUCUUCUAGACGGCUCCUUCCUGUCCUUUAGGCCUCUUCUAGACGGCUCCUUCCUGUCCUUUAGGCCUCUUCUAGACGGCUCCUUCCUGUCCUUUAGGCCUCUUCUAGACGGCUCCUUCCUGUCCUUUAGGCCUCUUCUAGACGGCUCCUUCCUGUCCUUUAGGCCUCUUCUCGACGGCUCCUUCCUGUCCUUUAGGCCUCUUCUAGACGGCUCCUUCCUGUCCUUUAGGCCUCUUCUAGACGGCUCCUUUCUGUCCUUUCGGCCUCUUCGAGACGGCUCCUUCCUGUCCUUUCGGCCUCUUCUCGACGGCUCCUUCCUGUCCUUUAGGCCUCUUCUCGAUGGCUCCUUCCUGUCCUUCAGGUCUCUUCUAGACGGCUCCUUCCUGUCCUUUAGGCCUCUUCUAGACGGCUCCUUCCUGUCCUUUAGGCCUCUUCUAGACGGCUCCUUCCUGUCCUUUAGGCCUCUUCUAGACGGCUCCUUCCUGUCCUUUAGGCCUCUUCUAGACGGCUCCUUCCUGUCCUUCAGGCUCUUCUAGACGGCUCCUUCCUGUCCUUCAGGCUCUUCUAGGCGUCUCCUUCCUGUCCUUUAGGCCUCUUCUAGACGGCUCCUUCCUGUCCUUCAGGCCUCUUCUAGGCGGCUCCUUCCUGUCCUUUAGGCCUCUUCUAGGCGGCUCCUUCCUGUCCUUUAGGCCUCUUCUAGGCGGCUCCUUCCUGUCCUUUAGGCCUCUUCUAGACGGCUCCUUCCUGUCCUUUAGGCCUCUUCUAGGCGUCUCCUUCCUGUCCUUUAGGCCUCUUCUAGAUGGCUCCUUCCUGUCCUUUAGGCCUCUCUUCACCUCUGGAGUACCGGCUCACUUUACUCCAGGUUACUUUACCAGCCACCUGUCUGUAUUGUCACGACGUGGCCCUUUUGGGUGUAUAUCCUCCUUCUCUCUCUCAAACACCACAGGUGUUAUUACCUCGGUCAUACAUUCCUGUCUGAAAACUAGUGCUUCUCUUGCCAAAACUCCUAAUAUCCAAAAUUGGAAAAAUAAACAAUAUUUAUAUUUUUGACAAUGUUGGAAUAGUCCGUGGGUACCUGAAGAACAAUCAUGUCGCGUUUGGUUCAUUUGGUGACCUCAUGAAAGACAGGAGACCCACAUGACUGUAUCACUGUUUGUUUUCACUUCUCAGAUGUACAUCCAAAUGUUGUAUAAAAUUAAUGAGUAAAUAUGAAACUAUUUGUGAAAAGAUUUAAUGUGAUGUUAGCCUUCUAAAUGAGAGUAUUGAUUUUCAUAUAAAAAGUUUAACUCGUCAGUGGCCCCACCCCCCAUGAGGCCAGACAUCAGGCGUCAUGAAAUCACCCCUUCUUCCAUAGAGUAUAAACCACUUCCUAUAAAAUGGACAUUAUGUCAGAGAACGCCGGGACGGAGUCCCCACGUUGAAAUGGCUACAACUCUAUAGGUCCUUCCAUCAGAAAACAGGAAGGGGUAGCUACAUGUGAAAUGGUUCAGAACUACAACUCUAUAGGCCCUUCCAUCAGAAAACAGGAAGGGGUAGCUUCAUGUGAAAUGGUUCAGAACUACAACUCUAUAGGCCCUUACAUCAGAAAACAGGAAGGGGUAGCUACAUGUGAAAUGGUUCAGAACUACAACUCUAUAGGCCCUUCCAUCAGAAAACAGGAAGGGGUAGCUUCAUGUGAAAUGGUUCAGAACUACAACUCUAUAGGCCCUUACAUCAGAAAACAGGAAGGGGUAGCUUCAUGUGAAAUGGUUCAGAACUACAACUCUAUAGGCCCUUCCAUCAGAAAACAGGAAGGGGUAGCUUCAUGUGAAAUGGUUCAGAACUACAACUCUAUAGGUCCUUCCAUCAGAAAACAGGAAGGGGUAGCUUCAUGUGAAAUGGUUAAGAACUACAACUCUAUAGGCUGAGGAGACCAGACAGCGUGUAGCGUUGGCGACACGGCUAGAAAUGAUUCAACUCUAAUAAAACAUUUCCACAGAAGGAACAACAUGUUAGACGAGGUCUCUUCAGUCUGCAGCUGGAAAUGUACGUAACCUAGGACGAAGAAUACCGCCGACCGCCGGAAACAUCCACUCUAUGCGACAACAUGGACGCCUGACGUAUCCAUUAGGAACGCAACCAGAGACUUUUCUGUCGUCUCUCUCCAGCAGAUGGACUGGCCGACUACAGGGUUGGAGGGAAAACCUACAGGAGGGUCUCUCUCCAGCAGACGGACCGGCCGACUACAGGGUUGGAGGGAAAACCUACAGGAGGGUCUCUCUCCAGCAGACGGACCGGCCGACUACAGGGUUGGAGGGAAAACCUACAGGAGGGUCUCUCUCCAGAAACAGGGUUGGAGGGAAAACCUACAGGAGGGUCUCUCUCCAGCAGAUGGACCGGCCGACUACAGGGUUGGAGGGAAAACCUACAGGAGGGUCUCUCUCCAGGAACAGGGUUGGAGGGAAAACCUACAGGAGGGUCUCUCUCCAGCAGAUGGACCGGCCGACCACAGGGUUGGAGGGAAAACCUACAGGAGGGUCUCUCUCCAGCAGAUGGACCGGCCGACUACAGGGUUGGAGGGAAAACCUACAGGAGGGUCUCUCUCCAGCAGAUGGACCGGCCGACUACAGGGUUGGAGAGAACCUACAGGAGGGUCUCUUUCCAGCAGAUGGACCGGCCGACUACAGGGUUGGAGAGAACCUAAAGGAGGGUCUCUCUCCAGCAGAUGGACCGGCCGACUACAGGGUUGGAGGGAAAACCUACAAGAGGGUCUCUCUCCAGCAGACGGACCGGCCGACCACAGGGUUGGAGUGAAAACCUACAAGGGGGUCUCUCUCCAGCAGACGGACCGGCCGACUACAGGGUUGGAGGGAAAACCUACAAGAGGGUCUCUCUCCAGCAGAUGGACCGGCCGACCACAGAGACAGACAAGACAUGCACUCGGGUAUAUGUAAAUUACAAUUUAUUUUCGAAUGAGCGGUUGUUCAUAUUCAAAGUACUAGUGACUUCUAUGUGUAGUUAUCAGCUAUGAGUCUCCCGCUCUUGAGCGGUCCCCACCCCUUUCCUUUGUCUACCAAGCCGUCAAAUAGGGACUUUUCCUUGUCAUGCUUAGUACCCAAUGUAUAACUAAAUUGUGUGUGUGUUGAGGUAAUUCUGUGAUUGAUUAAGUUAGUUAUAAAUAAAUAAUUAAGCCAAUGUGUAUUUCGCUGAUUCAUGAUUCUUUGCUAGGGUUCGUGCAGUUCAGUAAUGAGACAGAUGAGGUCAAAUUCAUUAAUAAGCGACUGUUUUGAUAAGAUAUGAAAAUAUCUGACGAGUUAUAUUCGGGAAAUUGAAACUCCAUAAACAACAUCUUCCCGUGGUGCCCCUGACUUCCUAGUUAAAGUUAAAUUAUUAGUUUUAUCACGUAAUUAAAUUACACAGAGAAUUGAUUUGAUCAUAUUCAAUGAUCACAUUUAAUGAUAGUCAACGACACGACGGUAUCUAGAGACAAUCUUUACAACGCAGCAGAGCCAUCAUCUGUGUCGUCUCUAUGUUACAGUCUAUUCUAUAACGCAGCAGAGCCAUCAUCUAUGUGUCGUCUCUAUGUUACAGUCUAUUCUAUAACGCAGCAGAGCCAUCAUCUGUGUUGUCUCCAUGUUAGUCUAUUCUAUAAUGCAGCAGAGCCAUCAUCUGUGUCGUGUCCAUGUUACAGUCUAUUCUAUAACGCAGCAGAGCCUACAGGACAGUAUCUCUCCAGGGACAGGUUUGGAGUUAAAACCUACAGGAGGGUCUCCAGGAACAGGGUUGGAGUUAAAACCUACAGGAGGGUCUCUCUCCAGGGACAGGGUUGGAGUUAAAACCUACAGGAGGGUCUCUCUCCAGGAACAGGGUUGGAGUUAAAACCUACAGAAGGGUUUCUCUCCGGGAACAGGAUUGGAGUUAAAACCUACAGGAGGGUCUCUCUCCAGGGACAGGGUUGGAGUUAAAACCUACAGGAGGGUCUCUCUCCAGGAACAGGGUUGGAGUUAAAACCUACAGGAGGGUCUCUCUCCAGGAACAGGGUUGGAGUUAAAACCUACAGGAGGGUCUCUCUCCAGGAACAGGGUUGGAGUUAAAACCUACAGGAGGGUCUCUCUCCAGGAACAGGAUUGGAGUUAAAACCUACAGGAGGGUCUCUCUCCAGGAACAGGGUUGGAGUUAAAACCUACAGGAGGGUCUCUCUCCAGGAUCAGGGUUGGAGUUAAAACCUACAGGAGGGUCUCUCUCCAGGAACAGGAUUGGAGUUAAAACCUACAGGAGGGUCUCUCUCCAGGAACAGGGUUGGAGUUAAAACCUACAGGAGGGUCUCUCUCCAGGAACAGGGUUGGAGUUAAAACCUACAGGAGGGUCUCUCUCCAGGAACAGAGUUGGAGUUAAAACCUAGAAUUGGAGUGGUUCCGUAUAGAGAAUUAGUGGUUCCGUAUAGAGAAUUAGUGGUUCCGUAUAGAGAAUUGGAGUGGUUCCGUAUAGAGAACUGGAGUGGUUCCGUAUAGAGAAUUGGAGUGGUUCCGUAUAGAGAAUUAGUGGUUCCGUAUAGAGAAUUGGAGUGGUUCCGUAUAGAGAAUUGGAGUGGUUCCGUAUAGAGAACUGGAGUGGUUCCGUAUAGAGAAUUGGAGUGGUUCCGUAUAGAGAACUGGAGUGGUUCCGUAUAGAGAAUUGGAGUGGUUCCGUAUAGAGAACUGGAGUGGUUCCGUAUAGAGAAUUGGAGUGGUUCCGUAUAGAGAAUUAGUGGUUCCGUAUAGAGAAUUGGAGUGGUUCCGUAUAGAGAAUUGGAGUGGUUCCGUAUAGAGAAUUGGAGUGGUUCCGUAUAGAGAACUGGAGUGGUUCCGUAUAGAGAACUGGAGUGGUUCCGUAUAGAGAACUGGAGUGGUUCCGUAUAGAGAACUGGAGUGGUUCCGUAUAGAGAACUGGAGUGGCUCCGUAUAGAGAAUUGGAGUGGCUCCGUAUAGAGAACUGGAGUGGUUCCGUAUAGAGAAUUGGAGUGGUUCCGUAUAGAGAAUUCGUUAGUCUCAUUCCAAACGUCAUAAGUUGUUGGUUAUUUGCACGAACCCAGUCUUCACGAUGAGUCAUCAAUACAUCAAUUGUCUUAAAAUAAUUUAUUUACUAACUAAGUAAUCCACAGAAAUGCAUAACACAAACAGAAGAAAUGAUAGGGGAAUGUGCCAGAUCUUGCCUGUGCUCAGGGGGCGGUCCUCUGAUUUAGUUAAACUCCUUAAUUUACUUAAACAGUCUAAAAUCACAUUACAUAAUUUCACAAAUAGUUUUCUUUACUCAUUCACUUCAGACAACAAUUAGAUGUAAGCCUCAUAACUGAAACUGUUGUAUAAACAGGGUUAUGGUAAUGUGGCUGUAUUGUCUCAUGAGUUUCACAAAAUUGUACCAAACGGACCAGUUCGUAGCAGGAUUCUUCACUGAUCUUUUAAACAUUCUCCAGAACAUGAAUAUUGGUCGGUUCUCCAGUUCUGUGAGGUGGAAGAAAUUCCUUUGUUCUCUAUGAAAACUCACUCUAUAUACACUGUGGCCAUGAGGAGAUAAUCUCCUGGAAUUUACGACCUCUGACCACAGCAGCCUGGUUUUAGGAGACAGAGAGGGACGGUGCUCGCUGUACCCAGAGAGGGCAACGCCAUGACACCGGUGACCCCGCACAUUGACUCUGUACCGGUACCGCCUGUAUAUAGCCUCAUUACUAACCGGUUCCCUCCACAUUGACUCUAUACUGGUACCCCUUGUAUAUAGUCUCAUUACUAACCGGUGCCCCCUGCAUAUAGUCUCAUUACUAACCUGUGCCCCCUGCAUAUAGUCUCAUUACUAACCGGUACCCCCUGCAUAUAGUCUCAUUACUAACCGGUACCCCCUGCAUACAGUCUCAUUACUAACCGGUUCCCCCUGCAUAUAGUCUCAUUACUAACCGGUUCCCCCUGCAUAUAGUCUCAUUACUAGCCGGUGGCCCCUGCUUAUAGUCUCAUUACUAACCGGUACCCCCUGCAUAUAGUCUCAUUACUAACCGGUUCCCUCCACAUUGACUCUAUACUGGUACCCCCUGCAUAUAGUCUCAUUACUAACUGGUACCCCCUGCAUAUAGUCUCAUUACUAACUGGUGCCCCCUGCAUAUAGUCUCAUUACUAACCUGUGCCCCCUGCAUAUAGUCUCAUUACUAACCGGUUCCCCCUGCAUAUAGUCUCAUUACUAACCGGUUCCCCCUGCAUAUAGUCUCAUUACUAACCGGUUCCCCCUGCAUAUAGUCUUAUUACUAGCCAGUGGCCCCUGCAUAUAGUCUCAUUACUAACCGGUACCCCCUGCAUAUAGUCUCAUUACUAACCGGUUCCCCCUGCAUAUAGUCUCAUUACUAACCAGUUCCCCCUGCAUAUAGUCUCAUUACUAACCGGUUCCCCCUGCAUAUAGUCUUAUUACUAACCGGUUCCCUCCACAUUGACUCUGUACCGGUACCCCCUGCAUAUAGUCUCAUUACUAACCGGUGCCCUCUGCAAAUAGUCUCAUUACUAACCGGUGCCCCCUGCAUAUAGUCUCGCUUCUAACUGGUACCCCCUGCAUAGUCUUGCUAUGAUUAUUAUUACUGCUGCUCUUUAAUUAUUUGUUACUUUUAGUCCUUAUUCAUUUUUUUUACUGCAUUGUGACUAAUCAAAUUUGAUUUGAUUUCAAUCUUUUCUUACCCAUUCACCCUCUGAAUGGCAAAGAAUCAUUAUUUAACCUGUCUCCUCCCCUUCAUCUACACUGAUUGAAGUGAAUUUAACAGGUGACAUCAAUAAGGGAUCCUGGAUUCACCUGGUCAGUCUGUCAUGGGAAGAAUGAAUGUGGUGCUGGAAUGUGCUAAACAUUGAGAUAGGAAAUGAAAGAGACUGGGUGUUCUGUUAGAAUGGUUCUCUGGAUAAGAGCGUCUGCUAAAUGACUUAAAUGUAAAUGUAUGUAAAUGUUCUCUGAAGAAAGACAGAAGGCUUUGGAAUGUGUUGAUACAGGGGAGACGGAUGGACAUCUGUGGAUUAGGUGAAGGAGUGGUUGAGGUCAGGAGAGCGAUGUGUUGAUACAGGGGAGACAGAUGGACAUCUGUGGAUUAGGUGAAGGAGGGGUUGAGGUCAGGAGAGCGAUGUGUUGAUACAGGGGAGACAGAUGGACAUCUGUGGAUUAGGUGAAGGAGGGGUGAGGUCAGGAGGUGAGGAGAGCGAUGUAUUGAUACAGGGGAGACAGAUGGACAUCUGUGGAUUAGGUGAAAGGGGUUGAGGUCAGGAGAGCGAUGUAUUGAUACAGGGGAGACAGAUGGACAUCUGUGGAUUAGGUGAAGGAGGGGUUGGUCAGAAGAGCGAUGUGUUGAUACAGGGGAGACAGAUGGACAUCUGUGGAUUAGGUGAAGGAGGGGUUGAGGUCAGGAGAGCGAUGUGUUGAUACAGGGGAGACAGAUGGACAUCUGUGGAUUAGGUGAAGGAGGGGUUGAGGUCAGGAGAGCGAUGUGUUGAUACAGGGGAGACAGAUGGACAUCUGUGGAUUAGGUGAAGGAGGGGUUGAGGACAGGAGAGCGAUGUGUUGAUACAGGGGAGACAGAUGGACAUCUGUGGAUUAGGUGAAGGAGGGGUUGAGGUCAGGAGGUGAGGACAGAGAUGUGUUGAUACAGGGGAGACAGAUGGACAUCUGUGGAUUAGGUGAAGGAGGGGUUGAGGUCAGGAGGUGAGGACAGAGAUGUGUUGAUACAGGGGAGACAGAUGGACAUUUGUGGAUUAGGUGAAGGAGGGGUUGAGGUCAGGAGAGCGAUGUGUUGAUACAGGGGAGACAGAUGGACAUCUGUGGAUUAGGUGAAAGGGGUUGAGGUCAGGAGAGCGAUGUGUUGAUACAGGGGAGACAGAUGUACAUCUGUGGAUUAGGUGAAGGAGGGGUUGGUCAGAAGAGCGAUGUGUUGAUACAGGGGAGACAGACGGACAUCUGUGGAUUAGAUGAGAGGUUGAGGUCAGGACAGAUUCUCUGAAGAGAGUAAUUUAAUGUUUGGUAUCCUGUCACCCUCUUUAUUAGCUUCCUGUGGAGCCAUGAAACGUAGGGAUUGGAGAGAAAGCGGAGUGUCUUCAGUAGGAUGUAUAUAAACUGUGAAGUCUGAAAUCUUUAGCUGUCUGAUUUUCUGCUGUACAGAACCUUUGGCAAAUGAUUAAACUUGGUUAAAGAUU